AUGCGCGGGCGCGUCGCAGCGGAGGCGCGACGGAGCUCUCGCCUUUCUGACGCGUCUCGAGGACGGAAGCGCGAAGCGGGAGAACAAGAAUCCGCACACGCGUUCUCCCUGGCGCAGGAUGGACAGGAGACAGAGUCGGAGUCGGAUUCCAGCAAUUCGUCGGAGGGCGGGGACGCGGCCCUCGAUCCCGACGACUUCUCCAGCUCGAGCGGCCGCAGCAGCGGCUCUGAAGACGUCGAAGAUUUCUUCUUUUCCGACUCGUCUUCUCUCUCUUCAGACGCCUCCUCACCUCGCAGGGGGCGUGAGAAAGGCGAACACGGCACCGCGCCGAGCUCUGGUCCACCUCGCAGCCCCCAGUCUCCGUCCCUCCUCCCUGUGGGCUCUUCGGCCUCUCUCUCACCUCGUUUCACUCCUUCGCGGCCUCACUCCCGGUCCUCCUCUCCAGCGACUGCGUCUUCGUCGUCUCCAGCCGCUGCGUCUUCGUCGUCUCCAGCUGCGUCUUCUUCGUCUGCGUCUUCUCUCUGUUCGGGUCAAGUUGCUGUCUCUCCACUGCAUGCGUCGUCGCGCAGGCCGCUGGACUGGACGGGACGCAGCUGGUGGGGCGGGGGCCUCCGGAGCGGAAUUUCCGUAGCCGAAGUCUUGUGCAGCUACCCCGCGCGGCUCUGUGGCGUGGCGCUUCCUCCCUUCGAGGAACUGCAGGCGCGCUGGUACGAGCUUGGCGCGCUGGCGUUCUGGCAGCUGUCCUCGGCCAAAGACGGCAGCGGCGUUGCGCAGCUGCGCGACAACGACAGCCGGACGUUCUGGCAAAGCGACGGCGCUGCGCCUCACACCGUGACUCUCACUUUCAACAGACUCAUGAAGAUUUCCCGAGUAGACCUUCUCGUCAAUCUCCAGAUCGACGAGUCGUAUACCCCGCGGGUGGUGCAAAUCAAAAUCGGAGACAGCCCGGCCAGUCUGCAUGUCGCGAGGGAGGCUGAGUACGAGCCCCGCUCCCGCGACGAGGGCGCAGCCUGGUGGUCCAUCCCGCUGCGUCCCACGGAUGCCUUGCGGGCGAAGCAUGCGGGCCGCCUACCGUUUGAAGACGCGCCCAGCGAGGACCUCCGCGCCUUCUACGCCUGGCUCCAGACGAUCGACCACGUCAGCGGCUUCUGUCUGCAGAUCGCCGUUCACCACACCUUCCACGAGGGCCGGGAUGUCCACAUCCGCCAGAUCCGCGUCUACGGUCCCGACGGUGCGACUGACUCACAGGUGACUCCUGCAUGCGCGUCUCAGCAGGUCGAGCGAGGACAGGGGAGAGGCGCGCCGGCAGUGGACGGGAACGAGCGCGCCGACCCAGCGUUCGCGCCCUUUUCCCUGCCGUCUUUCGAGACGGCGCAUAUCCGGCUGGCCACGCCCCCCCCGAUGCCCACUGGCGACGAAGAUCGCGAGGACGAUUGCGAGCAAGACAGUGAACUAGAGGGGGAACACGAGCGAGAAGAGCCGCGGGACGUGGCGUCGUACUUGGUGCGCAUGUACUACCAGACGCAGUUAAGGAGACGCGAAGAAGGCAGCGAAGCGGCGCCGCUGCCAUCGACCUGGCUCCUGGGUGGCGAGGCCGACAUUGCCGCUGGUCCUCAGCCCGAUUCCAGACCUCGCUCUCGUCCUCCGACGUUCGGGUCACCCAGCGCCAUCGCUCUGGCAUUUCGCGCCGGGGGUUCAAACGAGGCGGCAUGUCGGGAGUUCUUCUAG